AUGAUGCUGUCGGAAGGAGACGUCAUUUACUGCUUCAGCGAUUCGCCCAGUCUUGACGGUUCUCAACUGAUAGCGCAAGCUACCGCGACAACGACGGCCACUUGGCAACCUGUCCGCCCCACCGUUUUUACGAAAAUUGACAGUUUGACACUUCUUCUUCUUCCUUCUCUUUCCGUCCACGCUUCCUCCAACUCUACCCCGGACUUCAGUAGAGGGGAAAGAAAUAUCAUAUUUUUACCACUAUGA